UCCUGUUCAGACGACAUGAAGACUCGGUGUGUGUUCCAUCGUCUCGGUGUCUGUGUCCUGCUGCUGUCUGGACUGACUGUUUCUUCAGUCUCUGUGGACGUCCGUCCAAACCGUCAGCAGUUCUUCAGAGGAGACAGUUUGUCUGUGAGUUGUGCAGAUGUUCAGACAGAUGGAUGGACAGUGAAGAGGACACUGAGGAACGGAAACACUGGGACAUGUGCAGAGUUUGGAAGGAUAGACGGGUCAUUCUGCGUUGUCAAUCGUCUCACGCCAGAGGCCAGUGGAGUUUACUGGUGUGAGACCAGUUCAGGACAGCAGAGUGACCAGGUGUCCAUCACUGUAACAGAUAUUUCUGUAAUUUUGGACAUCCCUGCAGUUCCUGUGGAGAUAGGAAGUGAUGUCACUCUGCACUGUAGAGUCAGAGGUGGUUCAACACUGAAAGCCGAGUUCAUAAAAAACAGUCAGACACUCACACCUGUCCCAGUAGAAGAGUGGACCAUCUCUGUAGACCACCUGUCUGAUGCAGACCAGUACUCCUGUUAUGUUCCAUUGGUUGGUGAAUCUCUAAAGAGCAGCCUGAGGGUCAAAGGUUCCACUACCACUGAUCCUACAACUUCUCCCUCUGGUUCCACCACCUCGAUCAUCAUAGCUGUGGUCUCACUGGUUGUCCUGCUUCUGAUUCUGGUUCUGCUGCUGUGGAAGAAACACAAAGGUGACAGUGACUCCUCCCCUCCUGUAGAUGUCACGUAUGCUGAUGUCACCAUCGCUCAGGCAGCCAAUAGGAGAGAUAAACAUCAUGGAGAGGCUGAGACAGUGUACGCUGGAAUCAAAACAAACACUGAAGGAGCUGAGGACGUCACCUACAGUCACGUCGUCAGCAACGGUCAGAGGUCAUCCAGACGGAACCAUGCUCAGUCAUCUGAUCCUGACGUGGUUUAUUCAUCAGUCAGACCAAGAAACACAUGACCAGGAACACACAGCAGGUUACCACGGUAACGUGGACGCCAAAAUCCAUGUGUUUCAUUCCUUAACCAGGAAACGUAGAUCAGCUGGUGGGUGGAGCCGUCUGUUUUAUUGGUGCAGAGCUGUGGAUGUUCACUUUUGUUCCGUUGUAUUUAAUAGAUGUGUUUUGUUUCUUUGCUCCACACUGCCCUCUGGUGGUGACGUCAUGUAUUAAAUUAAACUGGACUGAAUCCUGUUUCCUGUUUCGACCUUUUGUGUGCGACUUUUUCUAUUGUUUCCAAACUGUCGGACUCUUUGACUCACCCACCCGCUUUUAUCCAUAUCUUCGUCUAAAGUCAUUAUUUAUUUACUGUAUGAUGUCUUAUAUUUGUGCUUUGCAAUAUCUUCUGUUCUUCACUGCAAUUUUUUUUGAAGAAAAGGGUUUUGUGGAUGCGCUCCAGUUGUACUCUGUACUAGGAGCAGCGGCCUGAUGUCCCUAAUCAUUGAAGUUAAUUUCGUUUGAUGUACUCUGUACUGUCAAAUGACAAUAAAGGCAAUUCAGUUCAAUUCAAUUUAUGUCGAAAAGUCUGGAAAUAUCACAAAACCUUCGAUUCUUAAAAAGAAAUUGAAGAUUUAAUCAACAUCAUUUUAUGAAUUCUUUAAAAAAAAAUGCGAUAAUUAUAUUAAUGCAAAACACAGCUUUUGUUUGAUUUUUGGUCAAAUGUUUUUUUCUUACUAAAAAUACAACUUGUUUGAUGUA